CAUUUGUCCAAUAUAAAUUGUCCGUUUGCGUUUUCCGCUUGGAGUAAACCGUUUCUGUAGCAAAAAUUGCAACAGACGAAACGUUUUGCAAAGGAAUCAGCCUAACGAAUAGCAAGCUACGCCCCAGAAAUAAAAAUCGUUUAUUUGGUUCGCGGCGUGUAGAGACAGAAUGUGAUCUCGAUACUUCGAACGAGGCUAAAUUCUGAAUGCUGUCGUGCAAAGAUGGGAUGCAAAUUUUGUCAAAUUGACGUCUAAAGUAAUUUUUUGUUUUGCAUUUUAGUUCACCCUAACCAUAACCUAAUUUGAUAAGUCAAUUUUGACAAAAGCUGUAUAUUUUCUAGACAAAACCACAGAACGUAAUACAAUUCCGGGAAUGUAAACGCGAUUUAUAUGUCAUAAUAUGUGACCUGGUGGAUUUGUUGUUAACUCUUUUCCUUAUCGUUUACCUGUCAGUGCUUAUGUGGAAUAAAGUUGAUGAAUCAAAGAUAUGAUGCCUUCUACACACCAUAAGGGAUGAAGUAACUGGCAAAACAAUGUUGAUCUGAUUUCAAAUACAUUAGUUAAGGAUAUCAUAUCAUCAGAAAGAGAUGUUAGAGAUGGACAGGGAAGCUCAUGCAGAAGAUGAGCCCAGACGAGGGACUGGGUUAGUGGAUGCCUUUAAGAUCCUCUCUAAGGUCCCAUACGAGAGACAGCUAAGCCUGACUUUCAAGUUGGGUGAUAGCCUGGCCGAGGAGCUGGUACAUGCCAUGUCUCUCAUCUGCCUGGGGAAGAGGUCAGAGGCACUGAACAAGCUCCAGGCUUUGGGGGACAACAACAUCAUUGCUAAACAUCUGGCUGAAAAGAUGAGAAUGUGUGGAGUCAAGUUGGAGGCCUUAACAGUGAGUAUUGGUCCUUUCCAAGAGUGUACCGUGGGCACCUUAGCAGACCUAGCGAGGAUUUUCAAGGUGUUGGCUGAGGAGAGGUUGUGUGACUCAUCUCUGAGGGAUUUGGCUUACCAGACAGUUCUAGCCACAUACAAGAACAGUAGUGAAGAGAGUUCCGAAUCAGAAUACAUACAGAUGCAGCUGAGAGAAGAAGCCAACAGGGUCUGUGGGCCUCAGAUUGAGGACACAGUUGGUGGGAUGUGUUUCCCUAAGGACUCCUCAUCAGGUCUUUGCUCCAUCCCGCCACUGGACCAAGGGAGCACAGCUUUACGAAAAUCAGGCUUUCCCAAUCAGACAGGAAGUGGUCACAGUCCGCCGUCCUCCCUACGGGACGACACCUCCAUAUGUUCCUACCCUUCUCACUUGGAGAUCAGUGUAUCCGAAACAGUUGGCUUUAAAACGAGCAACAUCCCAUCGCAGCCUCCUCCAAUGAAUUUGGAGCCUGUACAAUCACCUGUUCCACAUUAUGGUACAAAUACAGGAGAGGAAGGUGCAUUUAAAUACUUUUCCAGGGUUACGUCUCGGGAUAUACCACCCACACAAAAUGUGCCUAAGCCUGUUAAAGGAAAAAUGGACAGAGUUACAAGUGUUGCAGUGUCUUGUGAACACAGAACGGGGUCAGAGGAGGUGAGAGUUUCACCCCUUUCUCCUGUCAAUUUCACUCCAGCUCACACUAAGUUCAAUAACCCUGAGAGUCCAAACGCACAUUCCAAACCAUGUCCAAAAAAUAACCUUGUGCCUCCCUCAAACACCAAUAGGCCAACUUUUCAUCCAACUACCACUGAACCAGUGUCAGCAAGUUUUCCAUUGAAAACCCCAAAUCAGAAGAUGGAGGAGGAGGAAGUGUUUUUCUCCUUUGUCAUCCUGCACGCAGCAGAGGAUGUGGAUAUGGCUGAGAAGUUAAAAGAGGAACUAGAGUCUAUAGUUGGUGGUGAAGGAGCAACCUUCUCUCAGAACUUUGCCAUCCCAGGCAGGAACACCCUCAUGUGUGUGGAGGAUGCCAUCAACAAUUCCGCCUUCACUAUCCUGAUGCUUACUCGCAACUUCAACACCCGUCUGCUGGAGGUAGAAACCAGUUCUGUGCUCAUGAAUGCCAUUGAGAAUCUGCACAAGUACAACACUGUCAUCCCUUUUCUGCCACAGGAGAACCGUAUGCCCCGAGAGAACAUGCCCAAAGUUCUGAGGAUCUUUAUUCCGUUAGAGGAAGGUAAUGCCUUUGAGAAAAAGGCAAAAAGGGCCAUGGCUCCAGCAAAUAUUGCUAAACAGAGGAGAUUGUGGUUGAGCGAGCAGGCAGUGAGGGCGCAGGUUAGGAGACAGGAGAGACUACGACAAGAGGAAAGGUUUCAAAUGGAUUUAAUUCGUGGUCAGGAGACAGAAAGAAUGCAGAGAUAUUUGUUGCAACAACAACGUUCCAAUCAACCCUCGACUCCCGCAAUGCCUCACUUUACUGCUCCAUUUUUAGGAAGUACACCUAUAAAUGUGUCCAAUAUGUCAGUGACACCACCGCAACAUGAGUGGAGUCACCCAGCAGGAAACAUCCACAUCCAGAAUGCUCGCUAUGUCAUGUUUGGGAAUGACUCUAAAAUGACUGUCGGACAAGGAGGGGACAGCAGUGGGGAUGAAGAGGACAGGUUCUAAAUUGAAUAUGAUGUAAUAAAGAAGAGGGUUAAAUGUGGUCUUGUGAAAGCUAGUUAUUCUGGAGUAAUCAUUUAGGAGUAUAUUACACUUUUGGAACAGAAAUCCUGUUUAUUUUCUUCUUGAUGGCCAUUUUGUGUAUUGGUGGUGUUUUUGCAUUGACUAUGAUCAUAGUUCAAUGUUACAUUAGUUGAUUGCUUAAACAAAUCAUUUCUGAUGUCCUGUACCAUUUAAGUGAAAGUCCUCAUUUUGAAUCAACUGUCAUCGCUUGCAAAAGCUAUCAUUUUAAAUCUGGAGACAAUGGUGCAGUCUCAGGUACACCGAGAAUGAAGGGAUUGGUGCAAACUGGUGAAUAGGAAAUAAGAUAAGUUUGUUGUGGUUUAAUUUAAUUGUUUCUCUUUUAAAAUUCUAUCAGUGUUUUUUUUCCCAUUGUGUUCAAUCACUUCUGAUAUGCAAUAAAUACAUAAGGCUCCA